ACAGUUCACUGCAAGUAGCUGUGGACACUGGUGAACACUAUUGCUGUUCUCCGGUUGUUUUUAUUUUAGCGGCAUUUCAACACCUGUUUCAUUCAUAAAUUCCUGGUUGACGAUCAGGUGUUUACCUUGUUGUGUACCCGUGCUAACGUCUGUCCUUUGAGCCUUUUCAUCACAGCUGAAAAGAAAUGCCUCAAAGUGCUGCAUCCUCAAGUGGAAAGCUUUCAGGCGGCAGUGCUUUCACUCGCCGCUAUCGCACACGAGCUCUGACCUCUCAUGUGGACGAGAGUCUCUUUGGGAGCCCCAAACUGCAUUCCACUGCUGAUAUGCACAACCAUCCUGAAGGUGAGAAUGAGAGGACAAGGUCACUGUCACACUCUGCUCCUUCAUCUAAAGAGCCAAAGUCAGAGACAAUACGCAUCAUUACUAAAGACCUCAUCAGGGAUCUCAGAAUCCCAAGUGAGGACCCAUCUGGGCAAUCUGUCAUUCUUUCCUCGAAUGAGUUCAGGCGAAUCAUGGCAGAGUCUCAUGUUCCCAGUGAAGAAGAGAAAACAGCUAGGCUAGAGGCCCAACGCCAAGCACUCGAGGAAGCCAUGGAUGCUGCAGAGCAGAGGAAAGCACAAAUGCGCCAGGCUGACCUAUCUCGUCAGAAGAACCAGAACCUCAGUGAGCUCGAAGCUGAGGCGAGGGACCGGGCCCAGUAUCUAUUGGAACGGGCCAACACCCUGAGAAUGGAACAAGAGGACGAAGUCAAGAAGCUCAAUGAGCUGAUUCAGAAAGUGCAGUGCCAUGCUGUCCGGGAUGUACAGAUUCAGGAGAGGAAACUAAACUCUGCAGAGUGGCUGGCCGAGGAGAAGAGACUGGACGCCAUGAUGGAGGUGGAGCGCCGCCAGGCUUUAGAAGCUCAGGAACAAAUUGAACAGCUUCGCAAACAGCAGAGGAUUCAGGGGAAGAUGUGCAUCAUAGACCAGAUACAGACACGUCAGGAGGAGAAACUGCUACAGGAUGAGAUGAAGGAACAGGAGGGUCAGCAGUUGCUGGAAAACAUGGAGAGGAUGCAGAUGGAGGAGCUCAAGGGUAUAGAAAAGAAAAAGGAGGAGCAGAAGAAAUUGCUUCAGGAGAUUCAAAAGAUAAAUGAAGAGAAUCUGCUUGCUAAAGAGCAAAAGAAGGAAGAAGAAAGAUUAGCAGAUCUACGUGCUGUAGAGUACACACGCAAUAAAUUGGAACGAGAAGCAGAAUAUGAAGCUGAGCAGAUACGAAUCAAGAAAGACAAAGAGAAGGAAGUGGCACGACUGAGAGCUCUUCAAGAAAGGGACAGGGACCAUAAAGCUGAGCAGGAUGAGAUCAGAGCACGGAGGAACCAGGAAGCGGCUGCGAGGGAAUGGAGAAGAAAAGAGAAGGAGCAGGCUAAGAGAAAGCUGGAGGUGGAAGAGAGACUGAAAGCUGCUCGUUUGGAGCAAGUCACUCAUAAGGAACACUUGCUGUCCAUUGAAGCUGGACGAGAGAGAGCAGAGUUUGAAAGGGUUCUGAGGGCACAGCAGGAGCUCAUUGAGAGAGAAUAUGAAAAAGAGGAGCAGCGGCAGCAGCAAAUCCAAAAGCAUGCAGAUGCUGUUAGGCAGCAGGUUCGGGAGAGAGAGAUGCAGGCCGUCACUCAGCGCCGGGAGAUGUUCAGAGAGAGAGAACGGCUGGAGGAGGAGGCACGCAAUCGCAGAGCCCGACUGGAUGAGAUUAAAGAAAAGAAGCUCAAGGAACUCAAGGCAGCUGGGCUUUCACCCAAGUACUACAAGGAGGUGGAGCGGAAGGCUUGUGUCCUUCCAUGACUUUUAAACUGAGGAGGAGCAGAAGCGAGAGAAACCACCAAGUAUACAAAAAAA